AUGGUAGGACCAGGACGAGGAAGUGCUGUUUCUUCUUUAGUGACCUAUUUAUUGGGAAUAACUAGUGUUGAUCCGUUAGAACAUAAACUAUUCUUCGAAAGAUUUCUCAAUGAAAAAAGAAAAAACUUGCCGGAUAUCGAUUUGGAUGUAGAGAACCAAGAAGAAGUCUUCAAUUAUUUGCAAAAAAAAUACCCAAAAAAGCAAGUGGCUCGUAUCAUCACUAAAAAAAAGAUUGGUUGGAAAGUUGCCUUUCGCGAGACUGCUAAAUUAUACAAAGUAGGAGAAAUAAAAUUAAAAGAAAUUGUCUCUCUAACUGGCGAAAAUCCUAAUUUUAAUGAUCUGAAAUUGCAGCGCUGGCAAACUAGUUAUCCUAAUUUAUUCCAAUUGACUAGUAAAAUCCAGAAUUUAUAUUAUGAUACUGGUAUCCAUCCGGCCGGAGUCAUCAUUAGCGAAAGUUCAUUGGUUGGCUCAGUGCCCUUAAAGUUAGAAAAAGACUGCUUGUUGACACUUUUUGAAGAGGACAAAUUAGCCGGAUUAGGAUUAAAAAAAUAUGACUUUUUGAGUUUGCGGGAAACACUCGGUUUUAUUCAAUUAUUGAAAAACUUUCUCUUAACCGGUAUUUUUCAAUUAGAUACUCCUUCGGCUCGACUUCUCUUUAAUCGGUUUCGCCCUGAGAAUUUUGCUGAAUUAGUGCUUUUCCUAUCUCUCAACCGGCCUGGCACCAAAAAAAAGGUGGAAGAAGUGUCUCAAAAAAAAGACUCUAAGACUAAAGUUAGUUUUACUUCCCCAGUGAUUAGGGAAAUAUUAAUUGAAACCUAUGGGUUUAUUAUUUUUGAAGAACAAAUAAGUCAAAUUUUUGCCUACAUUUAUGAAUGUUCGUUUGCCGAAGCCGAAGUAAAAAGGAGAGAAUUGGCUAAAAAAGGACUAGAAAAAGACUUUUUUAAUCAAGUCCAAAAAAAAUUAAAUUUGUCAGAAAGUAAACUAAUUUAUCAACAAAUUAAUUCUUCUGUUGGUUACACUUUCAACAAGUCUCAUGCAGUAGCUUAUAAAAAGGUAGAAAGUAACACUUUUGAGGCGUGGGUAAAAGGUGGUGUGUUUAGAAGUUUAGGGAUAGAUGACAAUAAUUUAUUAGACUACCAGAAAGCAAUCUUUCGCUAUUUGUCAAUCCGAAAAAAACUAACUACUCUUAAUAAUAGUUUGCCAUUUUUAGAUUUAACAACCAGAAUUUUGGAAGAAAAUAAGGCAAAAAUUAAUCAAAGAGAACUUGAGAGUUUAGGAUUAUAUAUUUUUCAAAAAAUCGAGGAAUAUGAUAAUCAAAAAACCUUAGUAAAUGUCUAUGCGGUCAUUUAUCAGAUAGAAAAAAAAGACAAAGAUAAUUAUACUCUUUUCCUACAAGAUAUUAGAAAUUCUUUUAAGUUAAAUAUCAGUGCAGAAUUUUACCUAACCAACCAAGAAAAAUUAGUAAUUCAUAAUGAAUUAUUAUUUACUCUGAGGGUAGGAGCAAAGCAGGGAAAAAUUAGUUCUUUAACUUGUGAAAAAAUAAGUGAUAAUCUGUAA